AUGGACAAGGAUGAAAUAGGGAAGAUAUUAAAUCUUACGCUGGAGAUCAUUUGCCUGCUGACUGGAGAGGAUUGCACAGUAGUUAAGAGGACAUAUGAUGAUGGACAGAGCCCUGUCUUGGUGUUUUCACCUCCCUCCUUGAUAUCCAAAAUUAAAACCAAGCAGAAGAUUCUAGAAGUCAUCGUCAGGAUUACUGAGCUGCUGACAGGAGAGACUGAAGCUAUGUCUGAAAUGAAGAAUGAAGGUCAAGAAGAGGAAGACGACACAUUUUUGAGGGAUCCCGAGCAUGUAAUGGAGAACACUGAAAUGAAGGUGACCAUUAAGGAGGAAGAGGUUAUUGCAGAGAUCAGCACAGCAGAGAAACGCUAUGUCAGGAAAACCUCUAAGGGUUGCCCUACCUCAUCUCCUACCUGUGAUGAUGAAGAUGAUGUCACCACCCAAGAAUAUUCAGGAAAAAACAACUUUAUCUCAAAUGCAGGACUUCACAGCAUAGAUAGGUCACCGGAUCUCCCUAACCCCAAGAAGUCAUCUUCAGAUAGGUCUCAUACUGUUAGCCCAAAUCCAGGACUUUAUGGUACAGGCAGGCCACCUGAUCCUUCUAAUCCUGAGGGAUCUUCUCCGGAUAGACCAUAUACUAAUAAUCCAGAUACAUAUGCAGGACUUCCUAGUUCAGCUACAUCUCCCAACCCCUCUAAUCCUGAGAAACCACCUGUCUCCAAACCAGAGAGGGAUGAGCCUGGUACUCAUUUUACGUGGGAACCAAGCCUUGCUGAAGACCAGAAGAUGGACACAAACAUCAGUUCAUUUAUCUGUUCGGACUGCGGGAAAAGCUUUGCUUUGCAAAAAGCCUUUCCCCUGCCCCUGUGUGGGAGAUGUUUCACCACCAAGACCAACUUGGCCUCCCACCAGAUCAUCCACACGGACAGAAAGCCUUUCCCGUGUAAGGAGUGUGGAAAGUGUUUCUCCAGACAUUCUUCCCUUUUGAUGCAUCAACAGACUCACAGUGGCAACAAGGAUUUUACCUGCAACGAGUGUGGGAAGAGCUUCGCCUUCAAGAAUUAUUUACGAAUCCAUGAGAAGAUCCACACCGGCGAAAAGCCAUUUUCCUGCUCGGAGUGCGGGAAGUGUUUUGUCCAGCGGUGGGCUUUAGUCAUCCACGAACGCCUUCACCGAGGCGAAAAGCCCUACUCCUGUGCGGAGUGUGGGAGGUGCUUUGUUGAUAAAGGACAGUUGGCUAUUCAUCAGCGCAUUCACACGGGCGAGAGGCCGUACGCCUGUUCCGAGUGCUACAAAAGUUUUGUCCAGAAGUCGGCCUUGCGGAGGCACCAGAGGACGCACACGGGUGAGAGGCCAUUCUCCUGCAACCAAUGCGGGAAAUGUUUUGCACAGAAAGCCCAACUGGUCACCCAUCAGAAAGUUCACACCACCAUGAAGUCACUGUCCUCCUAGUGCAGGUAAUUUCCUGUUCCUCAGGAAGACCACGUUUUUUCGAUCAGGUGGAAAUAAUUCCGAAUGUGUUUCCGAUUUUGUACAGAUGAUAUACAUGUAAUAAAAAAAUGUUGACACAG